AUGCACACCUUCUUCAAGUCACCCUUCUUCAACUUCGAGUUCCUGCGACUCCUUGCCAUGGCUCCUUUCGAGGGCGGCGAGAUCGCAGAAAUUCUCGAGGCAAGCAUGGGCAUCCUGAAAGUGCAACGUCCUGUGAUUAGUGUUUGGUGGAGUGGAAGGAGGAUUGUAUCACCCGCGAAGACAGCAAUCCACAAAUACAUUAUGGAACAAUUGCAUCUGGGAAUAUGUUGA